AUGGCAGACGACGACCUUUCCGACCUUGAGGACAAGAUCUUGGACCAGCUGCACCAGAUCCGCACGCUGAAGGAGCAGAAAAAGGCCCAAAGCGCGGUCGAGUCCGACGAGGAGGAUCCACGCGAGUCGACCCAAACACCGUAUUUCCGCAAGCACCGCGCGGCCGAGAAGAAGAUCCUAACCAAAAUCAGCACUUCGAAGCCUGAAACGGACUCGUUCGCACAGCGACUCGACACUUUCAACCUACAAUUGUCACACGAGACAGAAAAACGACGCAAGUUCCAAGAGCAGAUCCGCGAGUUGCGCGUGCUCUCGUUCGACGAAGAGUUGCUGCGCCAGAAGAUCAACAAUGCGGUCGACGACGUCGACACAUACUCAAAGCACAGGCUCUCGAAACGGUACUAUUCCCAGGACACACUUGAGAAGCUAUUGAAAAAUAUCGAGCCGCUGCGUGUGCACCACGCGCUGGCCAAGAUCCACGCGCCAAACUUCGACCCGCCGCAGUACGCAAAUUUCGCCGUUGUCGGCGUGGUGGCAGCGAAGUCGGAAGCCAAACAAACGGCCAACGACAAGACGAAAUACAUGUCGGUUCAGCUAUCCAAUUUGAAGCAGCAGCUCACUCUCACGCUGUUCUCCAAAGCGUUCAAAAAAUACUACAAAUUGCGGCUUGGAGACGUUGUGGCGGUGCUGAACCCGCAGAUCUGGGUGCAGCGCGAGCGCACCGGGUUUGCGCUCUCGCUCAAAGAGGACUACGACGCGAUCCUCGAGAUCGGCCACGCACGUGACUUUGGGCUCUGCAAAUCGAUCAAGAAAGACGGCUCUCUGUGCCACACGCCCAUCGACCUCUCCAAAACGCAGCACUGCGACUACCAUACCGAGCUCAGUUUCAACCGUACCGCGUCUAAACGGCUCGAACUCACGGGCAACUCCAAAAUGUUCACUCCGACAGAAGACGGCGUGAAGCAGGCGAUGUACAUGUCCACCAAGCGCAAAAACGGCCGCGAGCAGCUGGACGGGCUGCUGGUCGCCGACGCGUCGGUCCCGAAGCAAGAUGUCGGCCGGCUGUAUUUCUCGAACCCGGACGUGUCGAGAGCGUUUUUCGACGACUCUUAUUCGAACCCAAAACUGAUCAACGAUCUCCAGAGCGCAAAAUCGCGCCUGGCACGCGUGAAAAACGAAAAACGGCUGCGUCAGAAGCUCGUCGCGCUCGCCGAUGGCGACACGCUCAAAGACAUAAGUCUCGAGACCCCGGAGUCGCGCGAGAGCCGGCAAAAGGCCACCAAGGUCGCAUUCGACCCGCAAACGAUGGUGCGCAUCGGGUUCAACCCGACACAGCGCAUCUUCGAGAAGCGCAAAGAGCGGGGCGAUGCGACCGCGCGGUCGGAACGCGUAGCACAGCUGCUGAGCACGGCAAAAACAGAAAAAUCGCUAAAAAGAACGAGGGAGGAAACACUACGCAGACAGAGGAUCUACGGGAAGCACGAGGCCCCCACAAUGGUGGAACUAAGUAGUUCGGACGAGGAAUAA